UUAGUGGAGGACUGGUUAGUGUUAGAGGUUGGACUAGGUGAUCUCAGAGGUCUCUUCCAACCUAGAUGAUUCUGUGGUAUUUGUGCGUGGUCCUGCUGCCUCAAACUGCCCAGCAAAGGAAGGGGAUGCAGCACCACCCCUCAGCUCCUCUCCCUCCCUCCUUCCCAGCAGGGGUUUGAGGAUCUGCACCUGGGCACAGGUGUGCAGCCUUCGUUAGCAAACCUGCUGCACAAAAAGCUAGUGGGCUUUCUCGCAGUAACAUGGGCUUGGGGAGCAGAGCUGAACAACAUUUACACAGCUCAUAUCCUACGGAGGCUGCUCUAUUCAUCUCAUCGUCUUGCUCUUGUAGCAAGUUCCUCCUCCUGCAUGCAGGGCUCCAGGAGAGGUGCUGAGCACACCUGUGCUGGGACCAGUGCAGCCUCUAGUGGAAACCUGGUGGUGAUUUCCAAAGAGCUGCCCUCAUUGCACCUGUGAGUGAGGCGGACGGCUUCCCCUCCUGUGAGUCAGCGGCUUGCACGAUACUCCUCCAUCAGCACAACGCAACUAAUGCAAAGAUCUCCGCGUUGUGACUCACCACCGAGGCCGGGAGAGCUGUGGCCGAGUUUUCUCCCUGACACCCGUGUGUACAGACCUUCCUGAGCAUGGCUGUUCCUGCUGAAGGAGUAGGAACUAAACCCCAUCAAGUCAAGGAAGUGUGCUGCAAUCUCUCUAGAUCUCAGCUAGCGUAGUUCCUCACAUUCCUAGUGUUCAGUGGGAAGAAGCAGACCCCUCGCUCCUACAAGUUUCGUGGCUGCUGCUGACAAACACGUCCCUGUGCAAAGGGAAACGCCAGCCUUUCAUUCUAGAGACCCUGUGGGAACUGAUUGAAUUUUUCCAAAGCUCUUUUGCAUCAUUUUGCUGCAGCAGCAUGUCAUUGCUUUACCGACCUUUUAUGUCAGCUGUGGGGCAAUUUGUCAGAUUACAGGGGAUGAGAAAAUACACAAGCAGACGCAGAACUCAGGUUAACUUUCCUCCUGUUUAAAAUCAACCGCAGGUACAUAGCUCCCUAACACCAUCUUGUACAGCAGCAGGAGGCUACAAGACGGAGUGGUGAGCUUAUAAUUUUGAAAUACUGCUUGAGCCUGCUCCCACUUUGUGAUUAGCACUACUCACAACUUACUCAAAUGUCACCUGAAGAGACCUGUUGUGUCCAGAGCCCCCAAAGAGGGCAAGAAUGGGGUAAAUUCAGUCUUUCUGAAGACUCUUAACCACAACCAAAAGUGACCAAUUUACAGAUGGCACAAAAUGUCACAGGAUAAGGGAGACAACAGUCUCUUUAAACCUCUCAGUGUGAAGCAGACAAAGAAGAGACUGCAGGUAGCAGAGCAGCACAUCUUCUUGCUGGCAUGCAGCAUUACACCCCCUUAAUCCCCAAAUGGGAUUUGCAGCCAAGGCUGUAAGGGGAGAGAUGUGCCCCAGCCUCUGAAUUAACACAAGCUACUCAUUCAACACUUUUUUGUGGGUGCCUCCCAAGGGUAUCCGAGCUACCCGGGAAGCGCGGCACUCCCAGCCAGUAGGACUGUCAGGCGAGAUGCGUUAGCGUAACCCACGUCACUCGAACAAGCUCAGCGAGGUUUUUCCAUCCACACAGCAUUCAGCGUCAGCCUCAGUCCCGCAGAUACUCCAGCAGUCGCUUUGUGCUGCCUGAGCGUGUUCCUCUGCCUUCAAGAACACGGCUUGCAGGGCGAGAGCUGGCGUUUCUCAGGAGAAAAGCCUUCCAGUUCGCAGCCAGUGCCGGGCUUAUGGUAAGUGAGGUAAUACUUCCCAGUGGUGCUUAAGUGGAAAUGCAAUAUCAGGGAAAGCUGUAAAAUGCCUCCUGCUUACAUCUGAGUUCAUUAAACCCAAACAACAUUUUCAUAGUAAUGCUGUCAUUUGCCACUGUUAUUUACUUGGAUUUUUUAUCUUCACAAUCUCUCCUCCUCUCUUGUUUGUGAUCACAAUUAUAUCAUUAUGCUCCACGCACCGCAUCUCAACCACUUCCGCUGAGGGUGUGCUGCCGUCAAACACAGAGUUGUGAAUGCAAUUUAGAGCUCAUGAGGAGAAGAAAGGUGUUUGUGCCUUCAAAAGCUGUACCAAAGGCAUGUGCAGGAUGUUAAAAUACUAACUUUUCAGACAUCACACCCCCCUUCUCCCAGCACCUGCACCCUCCUCAGAUGAACGCUUCCGAUGGGAUGUAACCGCACUCUCCUGCUCCACACCACAGUAAAAACCCCAAGCAAGAUGUGGUCUAGCAUAAAAGUGCCGCUCUUGUUGCUGCUGCCACCUAAGCAACCCACAGCUUGGCAGGCUGCAAAACUCUCCUGAUACACUGCUGAAACUGUAACUUCUGCCCUGGAAACUUAGAAGUUUCUUUUGGGGCUGCCCCCACCAUUCCAGAGGUUACAUUCUAGCAGUCCUGCAGCUCCACAGUGCAAUUUAUCAUGCAAACCAGCAUGGUAAUGUACUGUGGCAGAAACUAAUCGUCCAGAAUCAGCAAUUCAGAAGCGCAGACCUGUGCAGCUUACUUUCUGGAGAGCAAAACCACCGCACACAUCCGCUCUCGCAACCUCAAAUGUUAUCCUAAGGUUUUGCAUUACCAAAGCACAACUCGCAAGCCCACGCACAACAUCUGCUGCAAUCUCUGCCUCGGGUUUGCAAAGGUUGUGUGCGCGCUUCUGGGUUCGCAGUGGCUGUCCAGAGGACAGGCAGCUAAAAAUAUUUCUGGUCACCUGAGAGCCUGCCGUAGAGAUGACUUCUGGAGCGUGACUGAGGGCCUGAUCCAGACUUCUUUAAAGCCAGAGAGUCUGUACUGAGCUCAGUCUCUCUGUGCCUCUACUCCCUGACUGCAAGACAGAAAAUAAAUAAAUAAAUAAAUAAAUAAAUAAAUAAAACACAGAAAAAAACUCUCACACACUUUCCUCCCAAACUCCUUGGGACAGGGCUGUCACUUGUCUGGUGCGUACGGGGCACGUUGCCCACCGGGGCACUGACCUUAUCCGUGCUUCUCAGCUGUGAUGUACACACGAGCGGUAAUAGUAUUAGAGACACACAACCAACAUCAGAAGCCCAGGCUCUAGUGAAGCCCUGUCCGACCUCCCUCAGCCCCACAGUGAACACGGAGGUGAUACGAGACGCAACCUGACUCGAGGCACUCGUGGGGCUUGUGUGCAGCUGUCAUACGGGGGCGCGAUGCCCGGCAGGUGUGACAACAGCCACCCUGACCAUCGCUGCAUCCCGUUCGUCCCCGUUCAUUGCCAGCUCUCACGAGCCACAGAGUCCCCCAACAGACGCAAGGUCCUCUGGCGGUGGCCGGGCCCAGCCCCGCUCAGGAGGGCUCACAGGGAGCUCUGAGGACGGCAGAGGAUGGAGACCGCCACCAGCUCACCACCAAGACGGUUUUCCCCGUGCCUCGGUGGCACGGCCGGCUCAGUGUCUCGCUAAAACGACCCGUCUCCCCGGCGCACGCCAGCAAAUCGGGGUGGCGUGUCCUCGGCGCACCGCCGAGCCUGCUCCUGCCCCUCGCCUCCUCUUCCUCGCCACCCCGGGCGAGGGCGAGCGGGGGCGGAGAGGCCCGGCGGGGCGGGAGGCGGGUUCCCCGGCCGGCCGCGGCUGCGGCAGCGCCCCGCCGUGCGGCGCCGAGCCCCGGGAGCUCGGAGGAUGGCUCGGGAGCUGAGCCAGGAGGCCGUGCUGGACUUCUUGUGGGGGGCCGGCGGCCGAGCCCCCAACGCGGCGCUGCUCCGCCACUUCCAGGCUUUCCUCCGCGACCCGGCGCUGACGGACGAGCAGCGGGGGGAGCGCCGGGAGCGCUUCAAGCGCCUCGUCAACUCCGUGGCCACCGUGCACGCCGCCGCCCCCGGCGCCUCCAAGGACAUCGUCCUCCGCCGCAGGUACCGCGACCUCCUCGACGAGGAGCUGCCGCCGCCGCAGGAGCACCGGCCGGAGGAAGAGGAGGAAGAGGAGGAGGAGGAGGAGGAGGAGAAGCAACCCCCGCCGCCCCCAUGCGAGCCCGGCCCGUCGGGGAAGGCGGCGGAGAAGGGGCUGCGGGGCGGGGGGCAGCGCCCCCCGGCAGCCGUGGUGGGGGGCUGCGCCUCCCGGGGCCGCGGGGGGCUGUGCUGCGAGUGCCGCCGGGCGCUCCGCGAUGCCGCCGCCCGGCCGCCCCCCUACCGGAGCCGGCCGCUGGCUUUGGGGCCGGGGGCGCCGCUCUUCGUGUCCCCGCCGCCCUACCGGCCCCCGCAGCCGGCCCCCGCCCCGGCCCUUCCCGGGGGGCUGCCGCCCCCUGGGGCAGCCCCCGCGGGGUCCCUGCCACCACCGGACCCCAGGGGGCCGCCCCCGGCUCGGUCCCUGCCGCUGCCCCCGGGCCCCAGGAUGCCACCCCCCAGCAGGCCACCCCAACCCCGGACCCCGCAGCCACCCCGCCGGGAGCCACCCCUGUCACAGGCCCCGCUGUGUCGGUCAGCUCCGGGGACGCUGCCCCUGUCCCAGUCCCAGUCCCUGCAGACGCUCACUGCUGAGCACUCCCCGUCCCAGACCCCACUGCUUUCAUCGUGCCCGGAUGCGUUACCCUCCACCCGGCUGCCCCCGUCCCAGUCCAGGUCCCUGCAGCACCUCCCCACCAGCCCGUCCCCGUCCCCACUUCGGCCAGAGGGGCCCAAGGCGCUGGCCCCCGAUGGACAAGCACGGUCCCGAGCCCCGCUGCUGCACACCCCCGGACUGCCCUCACCCCUCACCCCGCCACCGCCAGCCAGCCCCACGGUGCUGCCCCCCUGCUCCCAAUCCCCCCCAGUGACCCCCACAGGGCCACCCCCGUCCCAGGCCCUGCUGCCGGCCCCAGGACCGCAAGCCCCGGAGAGCAGCCCCGCAGCCCCGCUGCCUGUCUUCAGGAGCAUCAGGUGCCAGCUUGCGUUGCUGGAGGUGCAGGGCGUCCCCCCAUCGCCGCUGGACGACAGGGGGGGGCUGCCCCGCACCCUGCCCUCCAAGAGCUCCCCCGUGCAUGCCCCGAACCGGGGGCUGGCGGUGCCACUGGGGCGGCGGGAGCACGCCUGGCUCGUGGCGGUGUCGGCGGGGCGCUGGGCCCAGGUGCGGGGGCUUUUCCUGGAGGAGCCGGAGCUGGCCCUGCAGCGGGACUUCGUGUCGGGCUUCACGGUGCUGCACUGGCUGGCCAAGCACGGUGACGGGCCGGGCCUGCAGGAGCUGGCGGAAGCGGCGCGCCGGGCCGGGCUGUCCCUGGACGUGGACGUGCGGUCGGGCUGCGGGUACACUCCGCUGCACCUGGCCGCCAUACACGGCCACCAGCUCGUCAUCAAGGUGCUGGUGCUGCAGCUGGGGUGCCAGGUGCAGGUGAGGGAUGGCAGCGGGCGCCGGCCCUGGGAGUACCUGGGCAGCAACACCUCUGGCGAGAUCUGGCAGCUCCUGCAGGCGCCCCGGGGCACGAUUAUGUUCCCCACGCAGCCCCUGGCCCGCAGCGUGUCCUCCGUCAGCAAGGCCUCGCUGCCCGCUGGCAGGGCGACGCUGGCCGCCUGCCUCAAGCCGCAGCGCAGCCGCGGGGCAGCGUCCCACCGAACGGGCAGCGAGAGUGACUGAGAAACAGCUCCCCAGCACCCCUGCCACUGGAGACACACUGAGGGGAAGGCAGGUGGGCACAAAGAGCUGCAAAGCAGGCUGGACCUCUUGAAGAAUGUACUCUUAAAUUAUUGCAAUGAAACGUUAUCCGAGUC